AUGGCCAACACUUUUUAUGUUUCUCCUUCUCAUCUUCAAAUUCAACACCUAUGUCAACACCAACAACACAAAUAUCUAACUUCUUCACCUCGCCCUCGCCCACGUCAUAAUCUCUGUUUUCUUUCCACCCAAUACCGUCUAUUUGCUUUCCCCCAACCCCGCCGACCCUAUUUCACUCUCAAUGCUCUUCAUUCCGAUCCACCUCACCAGAGAUCAGUUAACUUUGGAAGAAGAAAUGAAAUCUACGAGCAAUGGGAUUCGCUUACAUCCAAACUCUCUGGAGCAGCCAAUUUUCCAUUCCUCUUACUGCAAAUGCCACAGAUUUUACUCAAUGCUAGAAAUCUUAUGUCCGCAAAUAGUAGUGCUCUCUUUGCUAUCCCAUGGCUAGGAAUGCUUACUAGUUUGCUUGGAAACCUCUCACUACUUUCAUACUUUGCCAAGAAAAGAGAAAAGGAAGCAAUGCUAGUGCAGACACUUGGGGUACUUUCAACAUAUGUCGUCAUUCUUCAGCUUGCAUUAGCCCAAUCCAUGCCUUUUACUUACUUCUUAGCAACAUCACUAGUUGUAGUGUCCGGUCUUUUUCUCAAUUUCAUGAAUUACUUUGGCUUACUAAAUGCUCCGAUCUGGCGCUUUUGGGAAGAUUUCAUUACAAUUGGAGGUUUAUCGGUCCUUCCUCAAAUAAUGUGGUCUACAUUUGUCCCCUAUCUACCUAACAGCAUCUUGCCUGGGGCACUUUCCUUUGUGAUUGCUGUCUUCGCUGUUACCAUGGCAAGAAGUGGAAAACUUUCGGAGGAAGGUGUUAAAUUUGUUGGUGGAAUAUCUGGUUGGACAGCUACGUUACUCUUCAUGUGGAUGCCAGUUUCCCAGAUGUGGACAAAUUUUCUCAAUCCUGAGAACAUGAAAGGCUUGUCUGCUUUUUCUAUGUUGCUUGCGAUGCUUGGAAAUGGACUCAUGCUUCCACGUGCUCUAUUCAUUCGUGAUUUCAUGUGGUUUACUGGUUCAACAUGGGCUACCUUAUUCUAUGGAUAUGGGAAUCUUGCGUGCCUAUUCCUUUUAAACAUUAUCAGCAAGGAAUUCUUCUUGGCAGCAACUGCCGGUCUGGUUUCAUGGAUAGGAAUGGCUUUCUGGAGAGACAGUGUAGUGCAUGGUCACAGUUCACCUUUGGCUUCUUUAGGUGACUUGGUUUUUGGAUCUCGAAAAUAA